GGGUUCCUCACAACAUCUCAAGACUGCUCUACCAGCUGAACAUCCAUCCCUCACGUCCCUCUGGAUCCCAACCCACCGCCUGAACAUGGGGGAAAAGUUGCACCAACUCAGGAGAACGAUCAGUGAAUACGUUCCCGGGAAUUCGUUUGCAACUGGAAAUGAUUCUCUUCCGAAGAAGCUGCAAAUCCAACUGAUGGGACUUGUCGGACACGGGAAGUCCUCCAUCAUCAACUCGUGUCUGUGUGUGUGGGCGAACGAGGAGUUUAGGGACAGAGUGGGGACCAACUGUGGGGCACAGAGUGUCACCACCAGACCAGAUGUGUACACAGUGACAGAGCACAUCUCAAUGGUGGACAGCGUUGGGAUAAUUGACCUGAAGAGGGUUUCCCUGACUCAGUUUAACAUACAAACAAGUGGGGAGCAGAAUCCUGGAGAAGGGACAUGGGGGAUAAGAAAUUUUUUACCAUCUUGGCUCAGGCAAACAUCUUCUGUACGACCUGAAUCUAAAGAUUCCGUAAUUUCCAUUGCUGUCAUUGUUUUCAAAGCAUCUUGUGGCAUAGCCCCGGACAGCACGAAAGGCCUGAUUGAGAAGCUGAAUAAAACCUUAGGCAUUGCUCCACUGGUGGUGAUAACAUUUGCCGAUGAGUACAAAGGGGACAUUCAGCAAUUGAAGGAGGAAUUCGCUACUCUCCACUGUCCCCAUGUUUUCAUUGUGACCUGUUACAACAAAGAGAACAAAGAGGACAGAGACGAUGCCCUGGACAAGAUCCUCCUCGAUUUCUUAGUGGCCUGUACAGACGUGGCAGAGAAGAGACUGAGGUUCAUGUUCGGUGAAAAUAGUGCAGGGAAUAUGCAGAAUGUUCACAGACACAAGGGCACACCUGCUUUCUCAGUGAGCUCCCCCAACAUCGCCCCACAAUCCACAUCCGCCAAGUCCCCAAGUGACAUGUGGGCUGGAGCAUCUGCUUCCCAACUCCGUCCACCGGGGAAUGAGGAUAAGGAACGACCAAUGCCAGUAAGGCAGGAUUCCCUGGAUCCAAAUAACCCUAUAUUGAAGAUUUUAGAACGCAUUUCAGAUCAACUGGAAAGAAUCGAGAAGGCUCUGGAAAGCGAGAUUGAGCCUGGGAUUGGGGGCACCCAAACAAUCCGUUAGUCUCUCAGUUUCUCUCUCUCUCCAUCUCUCUCUCUCUCUCUCUCCCUCUCUCUCAGUCUCUCUUUCUGAGCACGGAAACGUUUAGCUCAACUGGUCUGAGCCUUGUUUGUGCCACACACAAGCCUCACAUAACAUAAGCCUCUACUAUUCAUAUUCCCUUCUCCCCCAUAUUUCUCUGUAAAAGUGUCUCUUUCUCUGUCUGUCUCUUCUUCUCUCAGUUUGUCUCUCUUUCUUUCUGUCUCCUAACCUCCCUAUAAUCUCUCCUAACCUCUGACAUUCUAUGCUGUUGGAGAUUUGGAGAAAAAAUGGUUUGAGCGAGUGGGAGACUGAAGAGAAUGAGAGAUUGCGGUUUGUGUAAGAUGCUGUUUGUGUAAGAUAGUGUCUGUCUUUCCCUUUUCUGCACAUUGUUGUGUUUUUGCAGAUAUUUGGUUUCCGUCUCUGUGAUUUCUCUGAUUUGGGGAAAAAAUUGGAAGAAAAGUUAUGAAAUCAAUCAACAAAUAAAUAACUAACACUUGCAA